CUGUGGCAACCAGCCCGGAAGCCCUGCGGCACACGGGGUUUCCCGGCCUGCGCGCGAGGGCCGCUUCCUUUCUCGCCUCGCGCCGCGGAGCAGCAGCACCAUGCCGCCCAAGGACGACAAGAAGAAGAAGGACGCGGGCAAGUCCGCCAAGAAGGACAAGGACCCGGUCAACAAGUCCGGCGGCAAGGCCAAGAAGAAGAAGUGGUCCAAGGGGAAAGUCCGAGACAAGUUGAACAACCUGGUCUUGUUUGACAAAGCCACUUACGAUAAACUCUGCAAAGAAGUGCCCAACUACAAGCUCAUCACGCCCGCCGUGGUCUCGGAGAGGCUGAAGAUUCGAGGCUCUCUGGCUAGGGCUGCCCUCCAGGAGCUGCUCAGCAAAGGUUUGAUCAAACUUGUCUCCAAGCAUCGAGCACAAGUGAUUUACACCAGGAACACGAAGGGAGGAGAUGCGCCUGCUGGAGGAGAAGAUGCAUAAAGGCUUCUUCAGUGACCUCUGCAAAGAUCUUUCUUCUGUAAAAUGUAUACAAUAAAGUGAAUGGAUUCAG